UCUCUCCUCCACUUUUGUUGAAGUGUUCCUUCUUUUGGCUGGCUGUUUCUUGAGAGUUUUACCAAAAGAAGAAAAGAGAUGAGGUUUUUGGGUCCUCCUUUGGCUCUCUUUCAAUCAUUCAUUUCUGUAUUUAUAUACAUUUUCUAGGGUUUCAAAACAGUAGUUGAACAUCAUCAGUCUUCUUCCCCUAUUUUCCUUUGAAAAUCUUUCUAGGGUUUCUGACUUGUAUUUUCCUACCCACCAAGAAAAAUCUUCCCCAUCAAUCUUUCUCCUGAGAUCUCCAUCUUACCAGAUCUGCAAAACCCAAAAAAAGGUUUUCCUUUUUUGGGCUGAGAUUAACCUUAUUCUCCUAAUCUCCCUUUCUAUUUUUGGAAACUCUUUCUGGGUCUUUAUUUUAAAGUUUUUUCUCACCUUGGUUUUUAUUUUCUUGGGAAUUUUCUUUCAUUUUCUUGAAAGAAUGGUGAGAGGGAAAACUCAGAUGAAAAGGAUAGAAAAUGCAACAAGUAGGCAAGUUACUUUCUCUAAGCGCAGAAGUGGGCUUCUCAAGAAGGCCUUUGAGUUAUCAGUUCUAUGUGAUGCUGAAGUUGCACUUAUCAUCUUCUCUCCAAAAGGGAAGCUCUAUGAAUUCUCAAAUUCCAGACGCCUCAGUAUUAACAAGACAAUAGACCGGUAUCAGAAAAAUGCAAAGGACCUAGGAAGUAGCAAUAACGCAGCUCAAGAAAAUUUGCAGCAUUUGAAGGAAGAAGCUGUUUCCUUGUCAGAGAAGAUUGAACUUCUUCAAGUCUCUAAACGAAAGCUCUUGGGAGAUGGUCUGGAAUCAAGCUGUAUCGAUGAACUACAACAAGUACAAGACCAGAUUGAGCAAAGUUUAAGCAAGAUUAGGGCAAGAAAGACUCAGGUAUUUAAAGAGAAGAUUGAACAACUGAAAGAAGAGGAGAGGAUCCUAACAGAAGAAAAUGCAAAAUUACGAGAAAAGUUGAAGUGUGAUCAGAUGGAAUUGCCAUGUUUGGCGUUUGCACAAGAAGUUCCAACCCAGAGAGAAAUUUCAGAUGUGGAGACAGAAUUGUUCAUUGGACCACCAGACGAACAACGAACUACCCGUUGGCUGAUACAAUCUUCAACUGCCAUUAAUGGAAUGCGAUUGCGAUACAAGAAACCAGAAUCAUUUCCAGGCUUUGAGUGUUGAAUUUGAUCUGCUCCUCAUAAAAUAAUUAUGAAGCCAGACUGGCCUAAUAACUGAAGGAAUUGUACAAUAUUAUAGAAACUCAAUGGUUGGUUUGUUUAGUCUUAUAUAUAUUAUAUUUGUGAGGGAAGAGUGUUGUAUAUCAUAGGAAAUUGAAAUUGUAAUUUGUGUGUUUUUUUUUUAUUUUAAUUAUUUUUCAACUUGUUAUGUGGAACUAAUCCAAUUACUAUUCUUCGCUUUUUCUUUCUUAGAAUUAUGGAAGAAACAAGAAUGAUUGUAUUAUUACUGAUAUCUUACUAAAAUCAAAUUAUUAUUUUUAGUCAUUAA